CAAAAAAGAAUAACAAUUGCAAAAAUAAAUGUCUUUGUUAAAAGAUUUCCAUGAGUUAUCAAAACAAUAGAAGGAAGAACAUUUCUUAAAGAUUUUGAAUAAAUCAAUGGGAGUCUUAGAUGACGAGGAUAAAUUUAAUUAAAUUUAAAAUUCAAGUAUUUUGGGAUAUGUAGAGAAGGGAGAAAUUUUAAAAUAAAGAGAAAAAAAGCUUGCUUGUAUGGAGAAAUAUAAUAAAGUAUUUGAGGAGUAUUAGAAUAAAAUCAAUAAGGAGAAAGAGGAUAAAAUUCAGUCAUAUUAGAUUGUACUUAUUUAAUUAAUAGAGAAUAGAAUAAAGCUAUUGAGGAUGUAGCUGAGAAUAAUUAACUAAAUAUCUAUUUGAAAGAAAAUUUCAGAAUUAACCUGAAACAUAAAGAUUGA